CAGCGGCUUGGAUCCCUCACAGCGGCAGGAGAUGCCGAGCCGCCACCUGCGCGGGCGCUGCCGAGUACAGUGUCUGCGCGUCGCUGUCCCACGGACACCUCUGUCAAGUGACUGGAGUGCAGUAGAGAGUGAUCUGUGAGGCGACCAGCGAGUAGCGCUACCUGUUGCAAAAGGCACACGCCGGCAGAAGAGACCUCCGUGUAUUACGACUGACUCGGUAGUGAAAGAGGCGGCGCAGCUGACAGUUUCAAAGGCGGGUCAACAGAACCUACGUCGAUCUGUGUACGCUGUAGGUCGCUCGAGUUCGCACUGCGACCAGAAUGUACUCCCGACAGUCCGCCUGAGGAGCGGACGGAGAGCUUUCUCCCGACGUGUAACGCGCGCAGAGGAGUGCGUGACGCAGCUGCUGGGCCACCACGUCACCGUGUGACGCAAUGGAGACUGCGGGCUGGUGGCAAGAUGCUUCACUAGCGAACAACAACAACAGCAGCAGCAACAACAACAACAAUGACCAAAACAUCAACCACAGGUUCUCGCAGAGCAGCCUCCAUGGAGAGGAGAGAGUGGCAGACUGCGACAACGCUAAGCCGCGCCAACAGCCGCAGCAGCCCAGCAACUCCACUGGGGGACAGCUGUCGCCAUCAGACGGAGUGCUCUCCCGGCAUGUCCCCCGCCACGGCCGCUACCAGCAGCAGCAGGUGAUGCAGCUGAUGGCCAAUGAGAACCUGACUCAAGUCCAUCGCACCACGCCAUCUGCAGCUGCUGCCUUCUUCCACAGGGCGAGUGAGCGGCUGUACUACGCGCGACUGGCGCCGGGGCCCGCGGUUGCUGGUAGGGAGAGCGCUGGAAACUCCAGCUACAGCUGCGGCUUCAGCUUCAGCGAGGCGGUGCGCCGCGCCCCGCCGGCGCUGCCGCCACAGCUGCUGAGGAGACUCGGCCGCGGGGAGCCCAGCCACACGGGCAAGACUGGAAUGAAUGGUUGCGUGGGCAUUGUGAACGUCAGCAUUUAUUGCCCUGGGAAAAUGUAUGGCCUAUAA